GCACCAUAUAAGGACGUGUGGCCAACAACAAUCGCCUUAAAGGAUGGGUAUCGGCUUGUUAUUGGAACGCAAACAUUCAAUGUGUUGGUUACUUCGUCAAUCCGACUGAAGAUAAAGGAAUUGCCCUCGCUUGGCGGCAUAGCAACGUUAUUCACAAUUAGGGAUAAUCAAUCAUCGAGAGACUCAAAG